AUGGAAUUUUACAAAUCCUUGAAGACAGACCCUUUGUCUCACAUUCGACCUGUAAAGAACCAGAGUCUCCCCAUCACUGUCCUUAUGGAUCUGAUUCUCCACUCAGUCGUGUCUUACGACGAAAAGACUGGGACACUUUUAUCCUUAAUUAUUGCAAACAUGACUUGGACUGACGAAUUGGUGAGAGAAUAUUUUUCAAAAGAGGUCGUUGAUGAAGUUCCCAUUCCCAUGUCUUUGAUUUGGAGUCCAGGUUUCUCUAUUUACAAUACAGUAACGGAGGACACAACCCUAAAAACUAGUGACAAUCAAUAUCAGACAGUCAUUUCAUCUCCUGACGGCACAAUGCGAAAUUUGAUUUUGGGUUUAUCUACUACAAAGUGUGACGCAGAUAUGUUCUAUUAUCCAAUGGAUGUGCAAACAUGCAAAAUACAUUUUGUGAGUGACGAACCAUUGAACAAGGUGGUAAUUCAACCAACAUCAGACGCAUACCUUGGAAGGUUAACUGCUCUGCACAAGAACGAAGAAUGGGAAAUAACACAUGUGAUGUGUGAAACAGACAUGAUUUCUACUUAUUCCAAAAUGAUAAUUUCUUUCAAAAUGACCAGGAAGCCGAUGUAUCUUUUCAUGAACUUUGUGGUCCCACUCAUGUACCUGUGCUCAUUGAAUCUGUUUCUUCUUCCAGAAUCUUCAGGAGAAAGGGUGUCAUACGCAGUUACAAUGCUUCUAGCUCUCAUUUUGUAUCUGAAUAUGAUAGCUGAUCGCUUACCAAAUACUGUGCCUGUCAGUCUAAUCAACAUCAAUAUUGCCAUUCAAUUAAAUACAAGUUGCUUUGUUGUGCUGAUGACAAUCUUGACUCUCAGGAUGCAUGAAAAGUCACAAAAAGAUCAACCAGUACCAUGGUUUUGGCAAGUGUUUGUGUCGAUAACAUCCACUAAUUGCCUUCGAAAAUCACGGAGUAAGGUACACACCAUAGCUGUGAAGGAAGCAGAGGUAAAAGAAGAAAAGGAAGAAGAAAAUGACGAUGAGGGAGUGCAAGGAUCGCCUGAUAACAAGCCAACAGUCUCAUGGAUUGACGUAUCCCGUUCAGCAAAUAAGUUUCUUUUCUGGAUGUUCUUUAGUUUGUUAAGUAUUCAGUCUGUUGUAUUUUUCGUUCUGAUAAUGUGUCGUCCUAUGUAA